AUGAGGGGAUCAUUGAAUAGUGGUGCGUGCGUGCCUAAAACUUCACUCAUCAAUAUCACUUACGGUAAAGAGAGGAAAGGACGUAAGCUUGCGGAGCUUUCUGAAAAUGUUGGAAAAUGCUUUUUAAGUGGGAAGGAUGAUGUGCAAUUGAAGAAGAAGAUAAUGGUGGCAUUGAAGAAACCUGCAUCAGAAGCAGCUACUUUCACUGAGGCGCCUCUUGCCUCACUCGCAAGGAAGCGAAACGAACAAUCAGUGGCAGGUUUGUUCCGCAUUCACUCAUACACGAUGUGCUCUGGCGUAGCUUUCUCAGGUCAAGUAUUUUUGCUUUUCUAGAA